AUGUCCCUGGGGUGGACCUCCGCGGCCGCCGCGGUGGAGUUCGGCGCGCAGGGCUUCGUGCUCACGACCGAGGAGUGGUCGUGGGUGGGCGCCGCGCUGACCCUGGGCGCCAUGGUGGGCUCGCUGCUCGUCGGCGUGCUGCUGCGGCCGCUCGGCCCGCGCACCGAGUGCCUGGGGCUGGCCCCCAUCUUCUGCGCCGGGUGGGCGCUGCACGCCUGGGCCACCAACGUGUGGAUGCUGGUGCUGGGCCGCACACUGGUGGGGCUGUGCUUCGGCGCCACGUGCGUGCUGGUGCCCAUCUUCACGUCCGAGGUGGGCGAGAGCGCGGUGCGCGGCGCGCUGGGCAGCUACGUGGAGCUCUUCGUCUGCAUCGGCGUGCUGGUCGUGUACCUCCUGGGCGCCUACCUGCCGCUGCUGUGGCUCAACGUGUGCUGCCUGGCGGUGCCGGUGGCCUUCGCGCUGCUCUUCGUGUGGCUGCCGGACUCGCCGCGGUGGCUGCUGGGCCGGCCCGGCCGCCGCGAGGAGGCGCGCCAGGCCCUGGCCUUCUACCGCGGCCUGGACCCACUGGACCUGAGCGGCGUGGACGCCGAACUGGACGAGCUGGAGGUGGCCCUGAAGACGUACGCCGAGGAGGCGCGCGGCGUGUCGCUGGCGUCGGCCUUCAGUUCCAGGGCGACGCGGCGCGGCAUGGGGCUCGCCGUGGGCGCCAUGGUGCUGCAGCAGGUGUCGGGCAUCGACGGCGUCACCUUCUACGCCAGCCAGUUGUUCAGGGAUGCUGGUACUCUGUUCGUGACCGCGGACGAGGCCACCUUGGUCAUGGCCUCGGCGCAGAUCGUCUUCUGCCUCGUCGCUCUGCUGGUGGUGGACCGCCUGGGCAGAAAGAUGCUCCUGAUGACCUCCGCCGGCAUCAUGGGGCUGUGCUCCCUCGCCAUGGGCUUCUACUUCUACCUCAACCGCGGCGCGGCGCGCGACCGCACGCUGGACUGGGUGCCGGUGCUCGUGUCGUGCGUCUACAUGAUGGGCUUCUCGGUGGGCCUGGGCCCCGUGGCCUGGCUGUACGUCGGCGAGAUCUUCCCGGACCGCGUCAAGGGCGUGGCCUCCUCGGUGGCCAACGCGUCCAACUGGGUGUGCGCCUUCCUCGUCACCAAGUUCUUCCCCAUCGUCAACGAGAGCCUCGGCGUGCAGGUGUCCUUCUGGGCGUUCGGCGCGUGCUGCCUGGUGGGCGUCGCCGCCGUGGGCCUGCUGUUCCCCGAGACCAAGGGCAAGACGCUGGACCAGAUCCAGGAGGAGCUGAGCGGCGCGAAGGACAAGCUCGGCGAGACGGACAACGCCGGCAACACGGCGCGCCGGAAGUACGGCUCGUUCGACGACUCGGGGGCCCGCAAACACUGACACGUGUUGGCGGGCGUGGCUGCAGAGUGAAUCUCAGACGUGCUGGAGAUCGUGAUUUAAUGAAGUACAAAUGGAAGUGUGACGAAAAAAUAAUAAAAUCACUCAACAAAUUUA